GGAUAUAAAAAGCAUCCAUUCUAUCGCAAAUUGGGUCAUUCACAACGCGAAAUAUGUUCAGAUAUCUGUUGAUUGUUGGCUUUGCCUGCUCAGCUCUUGCGGAUGAGACCCUCUCCGGUCGCAUAGUUGGUGGUCUGCAAGCUGGCGGUGGCCAGUUUCCAUUCCAAGCUUCGCUCCGUAAUCUGAGAAACGUCCACACCUGCGGUGCGGUCAUCAUCGGGGAUCGCUGGCUUCUGACGGCUGCUCAUUGCACCAUCGGACGUCAAGCUUACGAAUUGCGCGCAGUGCUGGGAUCGAUCGAUCGCACCAACGGUGGAGAAAGCUACAACUUCGCACAGAUUAUCGAACAUCCCGACUUCAACCAGGUAACGCUGGAGAAUGAUAUCGCUCUGCUGCGGACGGCUUACAAGAUUGAAAUGAACUCCAUGGUUCAGCCGAUCAGGAUAAGCGAAACUUUCACGUCGGCGGCAGAGAUUGGAACCAUUUGUGGAUGGGGAGCUACUAGCUACGGAUCGAUGACAUCUGUCAUGUUGCAGUACAUGGAAGUGAGAACGCUGAACAACGAGGAGUGCAGAUUGAGACAUAGCCUGUUGAAUCGAUCGAAGGUUCACGACAGCAGCAUUUGUACGUACUCUAGGAUCGGACAGGGAACUUGCAUGGGUGACUCGGGAAGCGCUUUGAUUGUCAAUGGUGCUCUUGAGGGACUUGUCUCAUGGGGUGUUCCUUGCGCUGCCGGUAUGCCUGAUGUGUAUACCAGAGUUGCCUCGCAUCGUGCAUGGGUAUUGCGUACAACUGGUUUGUAAGGACAGCAGUUUCAACAAAUAUAUUUAACAAAAGUUUAUGUGCAGGUUUGACUAUAGCUUAAUUCAAAAUACAACUUUCGUUUCCAAUUGGUUUCGGAUCAAAA